AAGGUUCGAAAGAGAUAGAUGACCUAACAAGUUUCAUAAAUUUAAUGGAAAUAGAGAUAUUUUAAUUUUCUUAGGUAAAAAUAAAAAUGAGGGGAUGGAUUUUCUUAACAGGGUGUUUAUUAUCGGUGUGGAUACUUCAAACGACAGGUGACCUGAUCGGCCAGUACCAGCAGUGUGGGGAUGGGUGGGUACAGAGGAAGGGGAGUAACAGCUGUUAUUUCUGGGAGACAAACAAUCUCCAGACCUAUGCUGGAGCUUUACAGGAAUGUAAUCUCAUGAACGCAGACCUUCUUGUUAUCAACGAUGAUGCUGAACAGGACUGGGUAAAUGUAGAAUCUGAGACAAACAAAGUGUACAAGACAGGAGGGUGGUACAUGGGACUGCAGAAGUCGCCCACUAAGGGAUGGGCCUGGACUACGCAAACAGGAACGUCCAACAUAAACUGGAAAAAUGAACCAGACAAUGCAGAUAACCAGGACUGCUGCAGCAUAAACCAAUAUGGCCGCUUCUCGGACGAGUUUUGUGACACGAAGUUCGGAUACAUUUGUCAGUAUACAGCUCCCCAAGGACAAGCGUGCCCAACGGACAGCGGCAAAGUGCAUCACAUGUUCGCCAAUGGCAACGUAUGUAUCUACGUCAGUAACCCAUUGGAUGCCAAUGAACUCUAUACCUGGCAAAAUGCCAAAAGAAAAUGUCAGAUUAUUAAUCCAGCAGCUACUCUUGUUUCAUUGAAAACUUACAUUGAUUUGGCGUCCCUUCAGUUCGCAUUGUCGACACAGAAUCCAAACAUACAGAUCCCGUGGUGGACAGGCCUGAAUGACCAGCAGAAAGAGGGCACCUAUGUCUGGCAGGACGGGUCAGCCUACAAUACUUCUGUUGUAACCUGGGAUAAGGCGCCGAGCUCAGACGCCUCUGAACGUCAGAACUGCGCCAUUAUGAGGUCUGGGGGAUCCGUUGAUGACGUCACUUGUACGACGAGGGCGUUCUACAUCUGUGAAGCAAACUCUGUGCAAAAUUACAUAGACGUUGGAUGCGGACCGUGGAAGAGGGCCGAGGGCAGAUGUUAUCUUUUCGGAAGCGGACAGGGAUAUUCUUGGAGUGACGCUCGAGCGAAAUGCCAAAAAGCAGGCGCGGAUCUAGUAAAAAUUGAUGAUAAGAACCAAAAUGCGUGGUUAAGAGUAAUUCAGCUGCCGACCUGGCGACCGUACUGGACGGGACUGAGGGACGCUGGUCACGAAGGGACGUGGUUAUGGCAGGAUGGGUCAAAGUAUAACGCCACUUACGUGAAUUGGAGACAUGAGCCGAAUGAUUAUGCUUCCAAUGAGGACUGUGGGCAGAUGUUCGGUGACGGGGUACUGAAUGAUCUGAACUGUCAGGCUCACCUGGGGUAUAUCUGUGAAUACCCAAAUCCAUCAGGGCCUCAAACAUGCCUUGCCAAUUGGGUUGGAAACGGAAACUCUUGCUAUUUCUUCAGUAACGCUUCAUCCUCCGAUAAACUCCGAUGGAAAGACGUAUACCAGAGAUGUAACGACCUGGCUUCUGAUGCAGGGGUCACGGCAAAUUACCUGUCCAUCGAUUCACAGGCCGAAAAAACAUUUGUGAAAUCACAGGUGAUGUUGCAGAUUAAGAAUUCAGGGAGCGGUUGGUGGACCGGCUUAAACGAUCAACAAGCGGAGGGGGUGUGGAUGUUUAAUGGAGCAACGGCUCUACCAGAUCCCUCCCUUUUAAACUGGGCGAAUGAGCCCAAUAAUGCCGGUGGUAAUGAGAACUGUGCUGCCAUGUAUAAAGGAGGGAGAUUCAAUGAUCUGCCGUGUGACUAUAAGGCUUACAUGUUGUGUCAGAAACCUGUCCCUGGGUUCCAGUCUUCAAGUUCCAUUGUCACUCCAAGCAUCGUCACCUGCUUAAUUCUAAGUCUCCUGAAACUACUUUUAUGAGGCAGACUAUCUCCUUUUUUACAACUUACAUUUUCAGGGGAAAAGUUUUUUUUUCAAUAAUUUGAAGAGAAAACAUAAGAGAGACGCGGGGGGUUCUAUGAAUUCUACUUCUGUACUUUACAAAUAGGCUUGUAUUUAGAAAUAUUGUUAAAGGUUUUGCAAAUAAAAACAAUUUCUCUUUUUUUGAAGAUAUGAAGGAUUU